UCUACAAAUUUCAUUGAUAAAAUUUCAAGGCCUCGCCUCCAUCUGUCAAGUUAAUAUUAAUAGAACAACGAAUUUCUUCCAUUUAUUUCCAAAACUGUAUAAAACGGUGUGCAAAAAAUUAAUGUUAAGACCUCCUUAAAACGCACCAGUCCACAAUUACUGAAUCCACAUGAGAGGCACGAUGACGCGACCACCGAACAACGAGAAUUUACCGAUCGUAAAGCUGGUAGUGGUUGGUGAUGGAGGCGUGGGCAAAAGCGCGAUCACCAUCCAGUUUUUCCAAAAGCUCUUUGUCACCGACUACGAUCCGACGAUUGAGGACAGCUAUUUGCAACACGUCGAAGUGGACGGACAAUGGUGCAUGCUGGACGUUCUUGACACCGCCGGGCAAGAAGAGUUCAGCGCAAUGCGCGAACAAUACAUGAGAAAAGGUGACGGAUUCCUGUUGGUUUACUCGGUUACCGACAAAAACAGCUACGAGAACAUCAUCCAUUUUCACACACAAAUUUUGAGAGUAAAGGACAGGGAUACUUAUCCGAUGCUACUGGUAGCUAAUAAAGUCGAUUUGGUGCACUUAAGAAAAGUAACUGAGGAACAGGGUAGAGAUCUGGCCCACAAAUUGGGCAUUCCAUAUAUCGAAACUAGCGCUAAAGACCCACCGCUUAAUAUUGACGCCACGUUUCAUGAAGUGGUGCGCAUAAUUCGCAAUCAACCAAACACGAGUAACGAGAGGAGACGCAAGAAGAAAUUCAAGAAGUUGGGCAAGUGCUCAAUUCUCUGAUCACAAACGUACACGAUCGUAUAUUUAACGCUUCUUUAUGUUAUUGGCCUAAUGAUUAAGCUUUACAAUGUUAUAUUGAGUGUUCAAUGUUCUAUGUCUUGUGCCACAAACUAUUUUCGUUGUGUUCAGGGAUGAGACAUGAUUAAAUUUAAUUAUUUUUUUACAUUGAUGGUUGCAACUGUAAUUCAUGAUUAACUUUCUAACUCGAUGACUUGUUUUCUAACCAUCGCUGAACUGAUUAUUUUGAUUUCCAAACGGUUGCUCAAACUUGAUUUUCCCCCUUGAUACGUAACCAAAUUUCAAAGCCAAAGUUAAUGUAUUAUUUUAUGGACCAAAUUUGCUCAUAUUAACAUAGUUUCAUUAACCGUCGUCGGUCUAAAACAGUCAUAUUAUUUUCGUGCCCGCAGGCCGAUUUAUUUUAGCCAAUUGUAAAUAUUUUUUUUAUUUAUUUAUACAACAAACUAUUGUGAUAUGUUUAAAAAGCAGUUUCGUAUAAUUUAACAGAAAAUAAUUAUGUGGCAACACGGCCAAGUAUAAAAUUAACACGUUUUUGAUUAAAUAGCACUUAGAACAUGAAACAACUGGCUAAAACGUGUCUUUCGCAGCUUAAAACGUGACGGUGUUGCCACAUUCAAGCCAAUCUCCUCGAAAGGGGAUAAAGCGGUGGAAUCGCAGUAGUUGGAUUUGAUAUCGGCCAACAUUUAUUUAAAUUGUACGUUAGCUAGUGAUGUAGGAUUGUUGGCAUCGAUUACAGAAGUCAUUUUUUACCCCACGUUCGAAAUGUAAACUGUGAUUAACGAGAGAAAUUAUUUAAAGCACAUUUUCGCCAAAUUGUAAACUGUUUUGGUUCCAGUUACCUUGGAAGAGUUUCGCCUGGAAAAUUUGUCUGGUAACCGAACCGAGACAGGUAGUUUUUCGUCUGUUUUUUGAUCUACUAUUUAACCAAAGGUUCUAUGACAGAAAAUUUUUGUAUUCGCUAUAUUUUAUAGUUAUACACUCGUUGACUUUUAUUUACAUCUUUUAUAUAUAUAUUUUAAAACAGGUAGUAAGUUUUGUCUAUGUAAUUUAUUAAAUAAAACUUUUAAAAAUGA